AUGGUUAUUAACUGCAGACUUUGGGCGGCCGGUUUUCUUAUUCGAACGUAUUUCAAUAACUCCCAAAAAAGUAUAGGUUUAGAUUCAUGUGUUUUGCCAGUGCCUGGUUCAGAAUAUUCUCUUAUUCAAACAACCGACUUUUUCUAUCCAUUGGUUGAUGAUCCUUAUGUUAUGGGCAAAAUAACAUGUGCCAAUGUACUGAGCGACUUGUAUGCCAUGGGUGUUGUCGACUGCAGUAACAUGCUCAUGCUGUUGGGAGUGAGUCAAAAAUUAACAGAAAAGGAAAGAGAUGUGGUUGUGCCACUAGUUAUGUCUGGAUUUAAGGAUUUGGCAACUGAGGCUGGCACGUCUGUCAAUGGUGGUCAAACAGUGAUGAAUCCCUGGAUGACCAUUGGAGGUGUAGCAACUUCAAUAUGCAAAAAAAAUGAAUUUAUCAUGCCAGAAGCAGCGGAAGUAGGAGAUGUCCUAGUUCUGACCAAGCCUCUAGGCAUACAGAUGGCUGUGAAUGCACAUCAAUGGUUGAAGUCAGUGCCUGAAAAGUGGAACAAGAUCAGUGAAGUUGUAAGUGAAGCUGAAGUGGAAAUGUUGUACAAGAGAGCCAUGUCAUCUAUGAGAGCUCAACUUAUGCACAAAUAUGAAGCUCAUGGAGCUACAGAUGUAACGGGAUUUGGUUUAUUGGGUCAUGCAAAUAAUUUGGCAUCUAUACAGAAAAAACCCGUUAACUUUUUAAUUAGCAAACUGCCUAUUAUUGCAAAUGUUAAAAGAAUUGUUGAUGCCUAUGGUUCUCCUUUCACGAAUUUGUACCAAGGCCUAGCUGCUGAAACUUCAGGUGGUCUGCUAGUAAUAUUGAAGAAAAAAGCAGCAGAUAGUUUCAUUAAAGAAAUCAUAGAGAGGGAUGGCAUGCCUGCCUGGAAGGUUGGUGAAGUAGUUGAAGGAGAGAGAAAAGCUGUACUCAUUGACCAGCCUCUCAUUGUUGAAGUUCCUGAAAAUCCGUCUGCUGAAGGAAGUCUUUGGUGA